CCAGUAACCACCAGUACAGCUCCAGUGACCACCACCAUCACCACCACCGCUCCUGCAGUGGUCUGCCAGAAUGGAGGCACCUACUAUGAUAACAAGUGCAUCUGCCUCUUGGACUUCUACGGCCCAUUGUGCGAGUACUCCACCGCCUCCAUCCCCACCGACAUCCCCGUCGAGGAGGGGACGAUCGUGGCCAACGUGGAGCUGGUGGUGACCGUCACCAACUUCAACUACACGGAGGAGCUGAACGACCCCCGCUCGGAGGCCUACGAGAAAUUCGCCAAGCAUUUCCGGCAGGAGAUGGCCAAGAUCUACGGCUCCGUGCCCGGCUACCAGGGCGUGAAGAUCCUCAGCAUCAGGCCCGCGGCUUCCAGGAAGGGGGGAGCCCGGGUGCGCAGAGCCUCCGUGACCCUCCCCGAGGGCACCGGCCUCGAGGUGGACCACGAGGUCAUCUUCAGCACCGUUGCCAGCCCCGACCUGAGCGAGGAGUUCCAGAACAAGACGGAGGAGCUGGUGCAGAAGCUUAAGGAGACUGCUCAAAGCCAGGGCAACUGCACGCACGACACCUCCGUCGUCUGCCUUGUGGUGUCGGAAAGCCCCGUCGUCAAGAACAUGACGGAGUCCCCUACGCUUGAUGCACUGUGCCAGCAGCUGGCCCCCAUCGCCUACCAGGACUACUACUACGCGAUGAACGUGAGCAACAUCCUCCGCUGCGUCACCAACUGCACAGCCAACACGCCCGGCACCAUCAACUGCAACCACGGCCUGUGCCACGUCACCCGUGCCGGGCCACAGUGCUUCUGCUGGGAUGAGUCGCUCUACUGGUACACGGACAGCCGGUGCUCCGGGCGCAUCAGCAAGGUGGCCACCGGGCUGGGGGUGGUGAUCGCGGUGCUGCUCAUCGCCUGCAUCGUCUUUAUCGUGCUGCUGGCGAAGAGGAGGAAAAGGAACGCUGCGUCCAGCGCUGGGGACAGCUGGUACGAGGAAGACGGCUGCACCUGGACGUCACCCGACGGCUUCCUCUUCAUCAACAACGGCGCCAACACAGGCGGCAGCGUACGGAGCUUCACGCCCUCGCUGGACGUUGUGAACACCGACAUCCCGAUGCACAUCGCCAGACCCUCGCUGAGACCCCCGCCGUGAGGACCCCUCCACAGCGCGGAGACCCCCCCCACGGCUCUGCCCCCCCCCCCCGCCACGGGCUGGGCCCCUGGCACGCGGGCCGUGCCCAGGGCCCCCCCCUCCCCGCUCCCCUCCCUCUAUUUAUUAUUUAUUUGCCCCCCCCAGCCUGUAAUAAAUUAAUUGCUCUCGUUA